AUGCCGAAGAUAACUUUAGGGACCGAAUCAAUUGUUGGGUCUUUGACUCCAUCGAACCAGAAAUCUUACAAACUGACCAACAAGAUUCGAGACGGGGAGACCCCUGUGUAUUCUCUUGUUUUUAACUUCCUUGAUUCUCGUUUCUUCAGUGUCUUCGUCUCCGCUUGUGGAAAUAGGAUUAAUGUGUACAACUGUCUUGAAGAUGGUGGAAUAGCUCCAUUGCAAUCCUACGCUGAUGAAGAUAAGGAGGAGUCAUUUUACACUGUAAGCUGGGCGUGUGGCGUUAAAGGGAACCCAUUUGUUGUCGCUGGAGGAGAGAAAGGCAUAAUCCGAGUCAUUGACGUCGGCAAUGAAAAGAUUCAUAAGAGCCUUGUGGGCCAUGGGAAUUCAGUGAAUGAAAUCAGGACAAAUGUUACCAAACCUCAACUUGUGCUUUCUGCUAGCAAGGAUGAAUCUGUUCGAUUGUGGAAUGUUGAAACUGGGAUAUGUAUUCUGAUAUUUGCUGGAACUGGCGGUCAUCGAAACAAAGUUAUGAGUGUGGACUUUCAACCGAAUGAUGAGCACCGUUUUAUUAGUUGUGGUAUGGACAAAACUAUUAAGAUAUGGUCAAUGAAAGAGUUUUGGACAUAUGUCGAGGACUCAUUCACAUGGAAGGAUGAUGAUCCAUCAAAGUUCCCAACAAAAUUUGUACAAUUCCCUGUGCAUACAGCUUCGGUUCAUACAAAUUUUGUUGACUGUAACCGUUGGUUUGGUGAUUUUAUUCUUUCAAAGAGUGUGGAGAAUGAGAUACUGUUGUGGGAACCAAUAGUGAAAGAGAAUUCUCCUGGAGAGGGUACUUCAGAGGUUAUACUUAGAUACCCUAUUCCAAAUUGUAAUAUCUGGUUUAUCAAGUUUUCUUGCGAUUUCUUUCUCAAUUAUCUAUCAAUAGGGAACCAGGAAGGCAAGAUAUAUGUCUGGGAUUUAAAGAGUUUCCCUCCUGUUUUGGUUACAGUGUUAUCACACGAACAAUCAAACUCUGUGAUCAGGCAAACCGCUAUGUCCACUGAUGGAACCACAAUUCUUGCUGCCUGCGAGGACGGAACAAUAAGGCGUUGGGACGCCAUUGCCGAAGAGAAAGCUGAUACGGUAGAGGCCCAGCGACCACCUCUCUUGCAUCAGUACAGCAGAAGAAAGGGAAAGGCCAAACAAAAGUAAUAGAGUGAAGAGGUUUUAGGAGAAGGUGUGCUGGCUAUCUUCUAGAAGGACAUAAAGAAUAAGGAAUAGGGAUAAGCAUAAGGGACAAGUAUUGGGUGAUGUGUUGGGUAGGAUUGGUACUGUAAGUAUUUAAUUAGUGUAUAAGCAAGAGUAUAGGGAGAGAUAUCAGUGAUUUGAUCAAGUGGUUGUAAAGAGAGAAGAGUCUCUCAUGUGAAAGGCUCUCUUUUGUAAUCCUUGUUUUGAAUCAAUAGAAACAUUAUCUUAAGAUAUGCGUUGUUACAAAAGCGGACUAUAUCUUGAAACAUAUUGCUGUUUAUAUUGCGAUUCCCUGAGAC